GGAGACAGGAACUGCAGGUGCCCUCCUCUGGGGGCCAGAGUCAGCUAACAGCGGUCCAAGUACGCAGGAGUACUCACCCUGCACCCGAGCCGAGCCGUCGGAGACGAGUCCAGAGGCUGGCUUGCCUGUGACGGUGCCAGGGAAGGUGGAGUGUGGUGAGCUGCUUGCCGGGCACGACCGCUGCCGCCAAAUCUGUAGACGUGCACCACCUCUUUCUCCUCCACGCAAGCCAGCCCCUCCUGCUGAAAGCUGUUAAGCCUGCCGUUUGGAUUUCUUAGAAUCCCAGCUCCCUAGGGACCUUUCUAGGGACAAACUGACCUCACACUGAAAUCCUGGCCGGUUUUGUAGCUUCUGGAUUGCUUGUUGCAACAGUUCUUAGGAAGUGCGAUUCGCUCCUACAUCUGCAUCUGUCCAUGCUUGCUCCUACCUACGCCCAGGAAGAGCCGGUGAGGCCCAGCUUCUGGGGAUCCCGCACAGCCCAACCCUGAGGCUGCUCUCCUUGCCUCCAAACACACUGUAUAGGUAUCUGGGAGCACAGACACCGUGGAAGCCGCCAGGAGGAGACUCAAGAGAAGACCUGCAGUUUUCAGUAUUCAAAAGCACCCGUGGUGGUGGUUGAUGUUGAGAACACCAGGUUCACUGUAGAGCUUUGUAACUGCUGGACUAAUCGUUUUGUUUUACCGGCCCAGCCAAGGAGGGAUCAGUACCUAUCCUGGGCUUGGAGGGAAUGUACACGAGAGCCUCAGAGGUUGUUUGGCUUGGCUCUGACUCACCUUGACUCUGCAGUGAAGCAGAAAGGAGGAAACAUCACACCACCAGGUGUGGCCGGCCUUCGACCAUUAUUGCAAAUCCCCAAGAGUUCCCACAAGCCCUCAUUUAACCUUAGUUGUGGUUACACUAAGACUUUUGGCUCAGGAAAGCUGUAGAAGAGGAGACAGGAUGAGGCGGGAAGAGGAGGAAGAGGAGGAGACCAGGAUGAAGACAAAAGGGGACUUAGAGAUGAAGGAGGAGCAGGAUGGCGGCGAUUCGGGAGAACCCGUGGGCCCUUUUGCAAGUGCCCCACCCACCCCAAUGCCCCACAACAAGGGGACCCGGUUUUCUGAGGCAUGGGAGUAUUUCCACCUGGCCCCUGCUCGUGCUGGCCACCACCCCAACCAAUAUGCUACCUGCCGCCUAUGCGGCAGGCUGGUGAGCCGUGGCCCUGGGGUCAACGUGGGCACCACAGCCCUGUGGAAGCACCUGAAAAGCAUGCACAGAGAGGAGCUGGAGAAGAGUGGCCAUGGCCAGACAGGGCAGCGCCAGGACCCAAAGCCACAAGGGCCUCAGCUCCCCAUGGGCAUUGAGGGAGACUGGGCCAGGUUCCUGGAGCAGGUGGGGGCCCUGGCUUUAUGGGCCAGCCAAAGAGAAAAGGAGGUACUUAGGAGGGAGAGGGCCGUGGAAUGGCGGGAGAGGGCCGUGGAAAGGAGAGAGCGAGCCCUGGAGGAGGUGGAAAGGGCCAUCCUGGAGAUGAAGUGGAAGGUGAAGGCUGAGAAGGAGGCCUGCCAGAGGGAGAAAGACCUGCCAACAGCAGCGCAUCCCUUUCAUUUUGUUUAAAUCGGGCUUUGGGGCAUCUAUUCUGAAAACACUCACUUUAGACUCAUAGCAAACAGCUUAAGUACAAAGCAAAGUAGUUUAGUGUUUUGUUUUGUUUUUUUUUUAAGAGAAAGAGCUCACAGGAUGGGUUAAUUUCAGCAGUCUGAGUUGACUAAAUGCUUUUCAACAGGGUUCCAAGAGCUGCACUGACCCUUGGCCCCAACUUCAAAAUGUACUAAUUAAAGAUAAAUGUGUUGUUGCCACCAGGGGUCCGUGAGUUGUUUUGUGGAGGAAUGUACCAGUCUGUCAGCACUGAUGAGUGAAGAUAACCGAAUUUAUGCCUAGCGCUUAGUUUUGGUGGAGCUGAAGGUUUUGACGGUUGAGGCUGGUCAGGCAGCUGGAAUGUGCCUAUGUGACCAGCUCACUCUGAGGUCCUACCACGAGCAGAACCUAGGCAUCUUUGGACCGAGGUAUUUGCACUUAUACAGGUGGUGAUUCGAGAACUGGAUUCAAAGCUUGUUCUUUGGGUCCAGCAGUGGAAGGACAAAGAAGCUUGAGCCUGAGCCCUCCAGACCCUUCCAAUGCAUAUCUCUUUCUCCUGUUGGUGCAGUGUUGUACCACCCGCUUGCAUUAAAGCUGUGUCAUCAGUACAACCUGCCUGAAUCCUGUAAGUCUUUUCAUCACUCUAACACUUACGUAAUUAAUGUAUAAUUAUCACAGAGAGAAUAAAAGACUUUUCAACUCACUUGAAUUUAACAUUAAGAAUAGAGGAUAUAAAAAUCGAUUCAUAAAUAUUUAAAAAUAUGAUAACAUUUCACAUUAAAGUUUGUUGAAGGAGAAGCAGUUAGUGAGAAAGAGAUGAAAGAAACUCAGAAAGAAAAAGAAAAAAGUGGAGAGAUGGGGUAAAUGAGGAGGAAUAAAGAACAGAGGCAGAAAAGUGAAAAAAAGAAAAAGGGAUAGACACGAAAUAUGAAGAUAGGAGAAGAGAGACAGCUGCCCAGAAAAAAACUCACCAUGGAAAGAUAAAGGAGACCAGGACAUAUGGGAGCCUGAAGGGCAGAGACCCAGAUCUUGAGGCCAAUUUUAAUGAGUUAAAUGCUUUGUUUUGUCCUCACAGACCACUGCUCAUUCAUUUGACCUGCAGGUUUUAGAUUUUAUUCCAGCCUCUGAAAUGCUAACUGCGUGCCAAUCCAUUGUUCUCUGAUUUUUUAAAAACUGUUCAUCUUUAAACAUUCAUAGAUGCUUUGAAAAAAGGGAGUCUAAUAAUCCGUAGGGAGAGAAAAAUUCCCUGGGCAGCUGAGCAUAUGCCUAAAAUGUUAACUCAGGAAUAAAAUAAAAUCAAAGUGAAAACUACUCUGGCCUUUGCACUGGAGCUGGCUUGUUUUGGAUGAUUCCUCUAGAACCUGCAGUCUUUUUUCAAUUGAGUUGGGAGUUGGGAAGGGGGAUGGUGAGAGCUGGGGAAGACAAGAGGAGGUGAAGACAGCAUCUUACCACCUUGCAGAUAGCCCGAGUACUUUAUGAGCACUAGCUCCCUGAACGUGGACAAGAUCCUGACGUAAUCAUGGCUUCCUGCCUCAUUCAGUCCUCGCCUAUAUGGCUCCCUCUUACUGCUUCUUAGACUCCUCAGCAUCUCUAACAGCCAGAUCUGUCUUUCCUGGGAGCUGUUUGUGGAACAAACACAAGUCCAAACUACAGGCUUGUGAAAAACCCAGGUUGUACUGCAGUCCUGUAAUCCCUUUUUUUCUAGAAAUCUGUCUGAUGUUAAAGAUUUCAGUUCCCAUGUGGUUUCACCACAGGAGGGUGGUGCCCCUUUUAGGGUCCUCUCCGUCCUGCUAAAAUCUGAUGUGUGUUUUUAGAUUAUGGUGCCUGUUUUACAUGUUCUUAUUAUUUUAGCCUCUCUUCCUUUUUAGGCAUUUUAACCUUAACUGCUUUUAUUUCCUAUGUUUCAUGUUAGAUAGCUUUGUUUUACUUUUGCCCCUAAAUUUUGUCAAACAUAGUAAAGGUAGAGAGUGACAAGGACAGAAACAUGGAGAUGAUGGACUUAAAGCACAAAACACAGGCAUAAAGGAAAGACUGAACUGUUGAGUAAACUCUGGA